AUGCCUGCACUACCAAAGGGCAGGGUUAUAAAGUCGAGAUCAUUUCAAAAUGUCGGUUAUGACUUCAUGGGUCCUUUCACUUCAAAAACUCUCGAGAAUAUGUACGUGUGUUUAUACACAUGCCUUACAACUCGAGCAGUACACUUAGAAGUGGUCGAAAAUUUAUCGGCAGGAGCAUUCCUCAAUUGUUUCGUGAGAUUCGUCUCGCGCAGAGGAGUUCCAGAGAUUGUCCGCUCAGAUUGUGGAACCAACUUCAAGCUUGGUGAAUUCAUUAUCACUAAGAUGUUCUGCGACCUCAACGAGAAUGGUCGAUCACUUAUGUCAUAUUGUGCAUCCCAACGAAUAAACUGGAUCUUCAAUCCUCCUGGAUCCCCCUGGAUGGGUGGUGCAUGGGAACGACUAGUCGGUUUAACCAAGAAAGCGUUUAAUAAAUCAAUAGGGCACAAACGCUUGAGUUUUGCAGACAUGUGCACCGUAAUCACUCGAAUUGAGGAAAUUCUAAAUACAUGA